AUGGUAUUUAUUAUCCGGAACAUCGGGUUCCAGUUCGGAGUUCAGAUCCAAACCCGGUUUCCGCUUCGCUCCCGAGCCAUCCGGGCUUUUCACAACCCCGUCAAAUCCAGCCGGCCGAGGCAUCGCCGUCAAAUCCCGGUGACCGCCGUUACGCCCCUUGAAGUACUUGACGGCGACGUGAAUCCGCCUCAGUAUUGCAAAGAACUCCUCCACCUCCUCAUCCUCCGGCUGGGACGCCGACGCGUGCGCUCCUCCGCCGCCGCUGCCUUCCCGGGCCUCCCGCGUCUUGCCGUUAGCCUCGCCGUUAUCCUCCCUCUUUCGCUUGUUCUCAAGCUCCAUUUUUUAACGGCGACGAUUAGAGAAAAAUCAGAGGUUUUGAGAUAG